AUGCUCAAGCAACUAACCCUACAAAAUUUUGUCCUGGUGACUGCCCUGGACAUCGACUUCAAUGCCGGUCUGACUACCAUAACCGGAGAGUCUGGCGCGGGUAAGUCCAUCCUCCUGAAUGCACUGGGUCUGCUGCUGGGUGAACGGGCACGCACUGAGGUGAUCCGCCCGGGUGCGGAUAAAGCGGAUGUUUGCGCGGAAUUCGAUUUAGCGCACCUGCCCGCGGUACAAGCACAGCUGGCCGAAGCUGAGCUGCUCAGCGAGACGCCGGAGCAGGUGCUGGUGCGUCGGGUGGUCUCCAGCCAGGGUCGCUCACGCGCCUUCGUUAACGGCAUUCCCGUCACUACUGCAUUUCUGAAAGACCUGGGCGAGCAACUGGUAGACAUUCACGGCCAGCACGAACACCUGCGCCUGGCUAACCGCAACACCCAGCUGAGCCUGCUCGACGACUACGCGGGUCUGACAAAAACUGCGCUUGAGGUAGGCACCCUGUAUCGCGACUGGCAGGCAGAAAUCCAGCGUAUAGAGGUAUUAGAAGCGCGGCUGGCCAGUGCUGCAGAUCGACAGGAUUUACUCGCCUACCAGCUCCAGGAGCUGGAAGAAUUCGACCUCAAGGCCGACGAAUUCAGAGUGCUUGAACAGGAUCACAAACGCCUGAGCCGCGCGCACACCACCCUUGCCAGCCUGCAACAGGCGGUAGAUAAACUCGAAGAACUGGAUGACCUGCGCCAUGCCGUGCGCCAGAUACAGAACAUAGACGACGAGCACCCCGAUCUUGCAUCUGGACAAGCAAACCUGGUUUCGGCACUGGGUUUGCUGGACGACGCCAGCCGUGAUUUACGCCACUACCAGGACAAAGUGGUGGUUGAUCCGGAAGCUAUGGCUUUGAUCGAAUCGCGGCUGAAUAUCGCUCAGGAUCUGGCCCGCAAACACCGGGUUGAACCCGAGGCAUUACAUACCCACGCUGCGGCCCUGCGAGCAGAUCUGGACGCCCUGGAUGCAGAUGGUUCGUCCCUGGGCGACAUGCGCAUCCGCGCGGAAGCGCUCAAACAGGACUUCGAUAAGCAGGCCAAAACACUGUCGACCAAACGGCGCAAGGCGGCACCCAAAUUCGGCAAAGCCGUCUCACAAUUCAUGCAGAGCCUGGGUAUCAAAAAAGGCGAAUUUGCCAUCGCUUUCGAAGAACAUACCGGCGAACGCGGCCUCGAACGGGCAGAGUUCAUGGUCACAACUAACCCCAGCUUUCCGGCCGGCCCGUUAACUCAGAUAGCCUCAGGCGGAGAACAAACCCGCAUCGGUCUGAGCAUUCAGAUUGUGGCUGCGCAAAACAGCGCCCUGCCGUGUUUGAUUCUGGAUGAAGCGGAUGUUGGGGUAGGCGGUACAACCGCAGACACCGUGGGGCGCAUUCUGCGUGACCUCGGCAGCCACACGCAGGUGAUCUGCAUUACCCACGCACCCCAGGUAGCCGCGCUGGGCGACAGUCACUACCGUGUCACUAAAAAGGGUGACAAUACACAGAUCCAACCGCUCAGCGAUGACCACCGUAUAGAAGAACUUGCCCGCAUGCUGGCCGGCGCCGACAUCACGGAUGAGACCAGGGAAUACGCCCGCACGCUUCGCGGUGGUGCGAUCCACUAA